AAUGAACAUAAUCCACGUACCUUUCCCAUAAAGCCCCAGAGAUUUUGCCCAGAAAAGUGGUCAGAAGAAAAGCUUCCGGACGUUAAACUCAGGUCUUGAUGAUUUCUCAGUAAUUCUUGCACAAUUUAUCACAAAAACACUCACAAAUACUUUCAAACAUUUAGUGAAACAUUUUCUUAUCAUUUGGAAAAUUAGGGAAAUUAGAAAUCACAAAAAAUUGAAUAUUAUUUCGUACAGAGAAAAACUAACCUUCAAUUUCACAAAAAGGGCGCGAAGCGCUCUUUUUCAGAAAGAACGCAUGAAGCAAAUGCAGACUUGCUGCAAAGCGUACUUCUCUUUCUCGCGCUCAUUUUUUUUCUGUGGAAAGAAUUAUUUUUCAAGCAAAAUUGAAGUGCUAAAAAUUAGUUGAUUUGUUUGAUUUUCAAUGAAAAACUUUGAGAAAAAAGGUUCUAGACGUUAAAAGAAGGCCGAAAAGGGAGAGAAUUGUGAAAAUCAUCGAAGAAAACGUCGAGUUUGAGAGGUUUUUUGGCAACACUGUGGACAACAUUUGCAUUUCAUAUUAAUCCCACAAACAAUUUAGAGAAUGAAAUAAUUUCCUGAGUUUGUGUGCAUUAGAAUUAUAACAAAAGGAUUACCCGAAAAUUGUCCAACUAAACCCCUACACAGCAGACACAAACAUUUAGCAGUGAUAUAACUAAAAUAGUUUAAUUGGAACUACGUAGUAUUGACACACAAUAAUGGAUUCUAAUGACACAAUUGAGAAUUUAUCGUCGAUUAAUCAAGAUUUAUUUGAGGAAUAUGAACACUUGCUCUCAUUAUGUUGGGAUUCAGCAACACUCUCGGCAACAUUUUACGUUAUGCAGACGAUGGAGAUGUUCAUUGUGCCCGAAAUUACCGAUCUACGUCCAAUGUUUUCCUACACGCACAACCUAUUCCGUCAACUGAAUCCCAUUGCAGUCAUGGCGAGUGGACAUGAGAGUUUCCUGCGUGAAAUAAUGAAUCUUCUCAAAUUUCCUGAAAGUGCCUGCGCAAAGGAUUAUUCCGUGAAUGUGGUGCUCAAUAAUCCGGACAUGAAUAAAUUUGUGGUUUUCCCCCAGAGUGAGAAGAGUUUCCCCGAGAAUCAUCGACGUCUCUUCAAUGUAAACGUUGCAGGCUUUGAGAAUGAGUCAGAGAAGAAGACAUAUUUGAAUACGAAUAUUCCGCUACAUCAAAAAUUGGUGAUUCAGAGUGCGGGCAAUCUUUUGCGGUAUAUGGAGGCAAAUUGGAAAAGUAUCUCACCUGACAAUGCAAAACCCAUCAUAAGUUCCCUCAAGGUGUUCUCCCUUAAAAGUCAAGUCUUAAUCGAUGAUUCGUCGUAUCUUGCGCUGGAAAUCUUCAAUACUGCCCCCCAUCCAUCGGGUUUUAUGAAAGGCAUAAAGGGUACGGAGCAGAUUGGAUUUUCGCUAUAUCGCCUCCUCAAUCAUUGCCAAUCAAAAGUUGGUUGUGAUGAAUUGAAAAUGAUUUUUCAGCAACCGACUAAUGAUAUUGCCGUCCUGCGGAAGAGGUAUGACACAAUUGAGUGGUGCUUGGAUCCACGGAAUGCUGACACAGUGGGGCAACUGCGGAAGGUACUGAGGCACGUGUAUGAGAUAAGUCGGUGUUUUAAGAAAAUUCUCGAGAAGCCGGACAAGAUGUAUUUCUGGAAGAUUUUCCGUACGAGCAUCACAAAUGCCUUUCGUGUGUGCGAAUUGUGCAGAGAUAGCACGGAACCUGAGCAGAAUUGUGGUAUUGUUGGGGAUUUGCGCGAUGCUAUUGAGUGCCAGGUUGACAUAAUGGUUGUGUUUAUGGCAAUCAAUGAAAUUAUCGAUAUUGACGAAGGUAUGGAGCAGAAUAAAUUUAUCACACUCGAGGGUUUCGAUGCGGAACUCGAUGCAAUGAAGGCAAUUCUCCGUGCUGCCCAAGUUUCCGUACCCGAUGAGACAAAGGACAUUAUACGGAGUAUUUUUCCCGUGUAUGAGAGUUGUGAAUUUACCCUUGUACCCGAAAUGGGAUUCGUUGUGGCCAUUAAGAGUCCCAUGAUCACCCCAGUUUCGAGUGAUUCAUCAAGCACGGCAACAUCGAAGAGUGGUGUAAAGUUUAUCUGCCACACAAAGGAGACGUACUACUACACUACACCAUCGUGCAGGGAGCUAAAUGACAAAUAUGGGGCAAUUUACAAUGAUAUUUGCAUGCGAGAGCAGCAAAUUUGUACGGAUCUCAUUGCAUUUAUAACGAAAAAUCUCCCAAAGCUUCUUGGUAUCAUCAAGAGUUGCGCUCAAUUGGAUUGCUUCAUUGCAAUGGCCACCGUUUCGGGGAAACGUAUGUACGUUCGGCCACAAAUGCACGCAGAAAAAGGGCUUAAUAUUGUCAAUGGGCGCCAUGCACUGAUGGAGGAAUGCAAAACAGUCAUCCCCAAUGAUGUACACAUCUCCCCGUCAACGGGGAAUCUCAUAACAAUAAUUACAGCACCAAAUUCCGCUGGGAAGUCCAUUUAUUUGAAGCAAGUUGGUAUUAUUGUCUACUUGGCACACAUUGGAUGCUACGUACCUGCCGCCUCAGCGGAAAUUGGAACAGUUAAUGCGAUAUAUUCACGUAUACACAGCAGUGAUGCUGUUCACCAGGAGAUAUCGUCAUUUCUCUAUGAUCUCCACCAAAUGGCGAAUAUUAUUGCAAAUUCAACGGAACGGAGUCUCAUACUAAUUGAUGAAUUUGGAAGUGGAACAACCGUGAAUGAGGGAAAAAGUCUCCUUGUGGCAUGCAUUGAGGAUCUCUCGAGGCGUGGUGCAUUUGCACCCAUUGCAAUAUUCUCCACCCACUACCUCGAUACGGUGGAUUUGUGUGAAGUGCGGGAGAUGCUGAAGGAAAUUACCAUUGAGAGCCAUUUCGAUGACAGUGGAAAGCUUCAGACGACCUACAAGAUUAUCGAUGGGAGAUACCCUCAGCAAAAUGCAAAUGAGCUACACAAUAUUCGUAGUUCAGUGAAGAAUCUCGAUACACUAACCGAUGAACGCCUCAAGAGUAUUUUGGAGAAGAUGAACUCCUCUUCAUCUGCACCACCUGACUCCGAUGCAUUGCUAAGGGAGAAACUUCACUGCGCCUACAGCACAUUGAUGACGUACCUAGAUACGAAUGCUGAUAUCCAAGCGACUAUUGAUAAGUUUAAAUCUUUUGACUUCUUUUAAUUACUCGUUAAUUGACGUGAUUCCGCCCAUAAUUACCAAUUAAAUAUCCUCCUCUUACACUGCCAUUGAAGGUAUAGUAUAGAUAAUAUAAACUUGAAGUGAAAUUGCACAAUUCUCUUUGCGCUUUCCAUUCGUAUUACAAUCAAUAUUUAAUAUAAGGUGUAUUAUAGAAAGCCGAAUAGUCGCAUAUAUUGAAUAGAGGAGAAAAAAUUAAACGCAAUGUCUCGUGUGUUACUUUUAUUCUUGAUGAUCUUCCAUCGGUAGAGGAGGCAAAAUAGAGAAAUUGAGAGACUUUUACGUUACAUCCAUUGUUCUUGAACACAAAAGCCGGAGAGAUUGAAUAUUCUUAUGAGACAUUAUGUGCUAAAAGCAAGUAGAAACGAACGAGACUUCCAUUUUCCUUCUUCUCACUACUAAAACUCCGAAUGAAAUUCUCUCUGUAUCCUCGCUUUUAUUAUUAUAAUAUUAAAUACAUACAUACAUACGACAGGGGGGUAUGUAUAUUGCAAAGGGGAGCUGCUAUAUAUAGGGUAAAUCUUUACUUUCUCGAAUUUUAUACGUGUAAUAGAGUGGUACUAUUUACAUAAUUAAAAUCCAACUUUGGACAUGCUCCUUUUAAUUUGAAUGGCAAUGUUUCUUUCAUGGCUUGAGAUUCUCCUGAAGGCACUCUAAUUUAAAUAUCGUUGAUGGCAUCCCUCUGCCGCGUUCCUCUACACACUGCCUGUACGAAGGCACGAUGGUCCUUUCCUUGUUAUCGUAAUAGGAAAAGUUUUUAUAUGUUUUAAACUUAUGCGAGCAGUCAGAGCAUUAAAUACUUUGAUGAAAUAGGAAAUUGUUUUUCGUGUCUCACCCGUGCGGGGUUUGAUUUAAGAAAUACGUAGAUGGUUGGUUAAAAUCAAUUUGUUCUCCCGGUAAAAUUAUAGCACAAUAAAAUGCAACAAAUUGCAAAUAACAUGGCAAUAGAAAUUAAUUAAUAGGAAAAAUAUUUGACUGCGUAAUGCAAUUUAUUAAUAAAAUAAAAUGGAAAUUUAAGCAAAAGUGUGCAAAAAGAGAAAAAGUCAAUAAAGUGCAUUAAAUGUCGAUCAUCCUACAUGAUCCAGUUACAACUUUUCAUUUCGUGAUAUUUCAGCCAGUGUGAGAGAACUUAAGGCGUAAUGAAAUGUUGUUAGUGGCGACAGGGUACACAUAUCUAUGUAUUUUUUUUAUUGAACAAUGUCUGAAGUGCUGCGGAUUACAAUCACAGUCUGUUUCAUUUUGCAGAUUUUUCUUAAAUAUUUUUUUCUCUUCCUAAUUCUUAUGUUCUCACUUAUUUCGUAUACGAUUUAAUGGCGAAGUUAUUUUCUUCGCCAUUAAAUCGUAUAGUUAGGAUGUUUUUCAAGGAAAGUAUGUAAUUAGCAUAUGCUUCUUGGACAUAAGCUCUAUGGAAAAAUUUUAAACUGAAGUCAUGAAAUCAAAUAAGAAUGAAUAUACAAAUAUUUAUCACGAGUGAGCAAGAAUUAGUAACAUAAAUUUGGAAAAUAAUAAUUGAUGAACCAAUGAGUAAAUGAUCUGUAUGCUUAUGCCUCUUCUACUUAUGAUUGUUGAGAAAUUAUUUAAAACAAAUCACAUAAAAAACAAAAUAGAAGGAAACGAAAUAAGCAUACAAAAAAAAAGUUAUACAUAAAGAAAUCAAGAUAUGAAGUUUAUGAUUUCUAUACUUAUGCUUCUUGCACGACUGCUUUAUGGAAAAAAAAAUUAUAACGGUAAUGAAAAUUACUAAGAUACAAAAAUUAUUAAAAUAGUUUUCUUGCAACGAUAAUAGGCAAAACUUUUAAUAAAUAAUUUCUAUGCUCUUACUUAUUGCACAUGCUUUAAAGAAAAUUCUAUGCCAAAUAUGCAUAAGCUUCUUUAGCAUAUGAUUCAUGGCAAACUUCUAUUGAAUUUUCAACGACGUUUCGCUUUUCUUUUUUAAACAUAGAAUAAUUUAAACAUAAAAUUACAAGAAAAGAAA